AUGGUAAGAAGGAAGAAGCACAAUGUAAUGGUAGCAACAGGAAGAGCAGUAAUCAGCGUGAAGAAGAGCCUCAAAAGAGAACAAAUAGUAAAUUAUCUGCUGUUUUUUUCUUCAUGGCUUCUGCAGCGUGGAAAUCAGAAGUUCUCCAAAUAUGCCAUUGCAAUAAUUGCUGUCGUGUGGUUCAGUACUGCUGUUUGUUUUUUCAUAGCAUUACGUAGCCAGUCUUGGCUUUGGCUAAUCUCCAUCUUCAACUCAAUUCAAGUAUGUAUGACAGUCAUCAAAUAUUUCCCCCAGGCAUUCAUGAACUUCUUGAGAAAGAGCACUGAUGGAUUUAGCAUUGGGGGUGUUCUCCUUGAUUUUUCUGGAGGGGUCUUUAAUUAUUCACAAAUGGCUGUGCAGUCUAUAGAUCAAGGUUCCUGGGUGAACUUCUAUGGGAACAUUGGGAAAGUACUUAUAUCCUUGGUAACAAUAUUCUAUGAUUCUAUUUUGAUGUUACAACAUUAUGUACUAUAUCCUGAAAAGAAAGGGACUUCUAAAAAUUCUGAAGAAAUCAAGUAACCACUAACUUGUGGAAAUCUAGUAGAUCAACAAAUCAAAGAUUCAUUCAAUUCUUCUAAUCAGCCUCCAGCAGAAGU